UUUGCCCCGUCCGUCUGCUUUGUCUGAGCGAAGGAACUCUGGGGGACCUGAAGUGACUUUUUUCUGGGAAAGGAGCCGGGCCCUCGGGUUUCUGUCGAGAGGGUUAUUGCACCUACGACGUCGCACUGCUGGGGAAAUCCUACCCUCGCAGGUUCUGCGUCGCUCCGGUCUCGUUAUAAAAAGGAGCAUUCUGUUUGGGCAGCCACAUCUAGCCUGCAGUUGUCAGAUCGGUUUCAAAGAGUCUCCACAGCUCACCGUCUUACCGCCCAGACAUGAACCGCAUGUUCGUUCUCGCCGCCACCCUGGCCCUCGUGGGGAUGGUCUUCGCCGCCCCCGCCGAAGAGGCCAAGCCCGCCGAAGCAGGUGACGAGAAGAAGGACGUUGAGGGACGCAUCGGCUACGGAGGACCCGGGUUCGGAGGUGGAGCCUUCGGCAGCGGCUUCAACCGCGGCGGAAGCUUCGGCGUCGGCGCCCACGGCAACCAGUACGGACAGGGCGGAUUCGGAUACAACCAGGGCGGCAGCAACCGUCGUGUGUACGGCAACACCCAGACCUACGGUGACCGGGAGUCCUUCGGCCUGAGCUCCAACGCCGGCGCCAACCGCCGCUACGGACAGGGAAGUUUCGGCAACCGAUUCCACCAGAACGCGGGGGGAGCCGGUGGCCAGUCUUACGGAGCCGGAGAGGUGUUCCACGGUUAAACGGAUACCAAAGAAAACGACGCAUUCUCUGAGGGAAGCUCCUCAUACCUCCCCUUUCUUUCCUGGUUUGUGAAUUCAAAGAUGGCCGAAUUAACUCGUCAAUACGCUCUGAGUAUGUCUUUUACCGAAAAAAUGAAGCAAAAACAAGGAAGAAGAGAUGGGGCGACCGCACAUGUUCAUCGGUUACUCCGAAGUCAACGAAAAGCAUUCCAAGAGGCAUUCUUGUACAUAUGCAAAAUGUUCUGCUCCAAUAAAGCUAUUUAUUUCAAGUGAA